AUGGACUAAGUUUACUUUGUUUUCAAUUAAUUCAUAUUGAAUUUCAAGAACUAUUUAGGUGAUAAAAAGGCAUAAUGUUUUUAAGUAUUGCCACAAAGCAAUGAUGAAAUCAGCAAUAGUAAUAAUUCCAACGCUAUCGCAGAUCCAAGCAGUCAGGUAAGUAUGACCAAAAAGUAAAGGCAUGAAUUGCAAAAAUCUCUCCACGAAAUAGCUAGGGAUUGUGAAAGAUAAGUGUUGCAUCACUCAGGUCUAGAUAUUUCUAAGGAUUUAGAAUCAUUUGAUGUAACAUUGAAAAAUGAAGACGAUGAUGAAUAAUGGAUUCAUACUCUUGCCUGUGGUAAAGACCCCUAAAAACCUAAGUUAGUAUUAGUGCAUGGAUUUGCUGCAAGCAGCCUUAGCUAUUACAAAAUGCUUAUGCCACUUUCUUAGAAAUAUGAAGUUUAUGCAAUUGAUUUACCAGGCAUGGGACUUUCUUCUAAACCUGAAUGGAAUUUUUAAGGACCUGAGCCUGUUAUAAACUUUUUCGUUGACAGCAUCGAAUAAUGGAGGACAAAGAUGAAUAUAGAAAAGUUUACUCUUGUCGGACACAGUCUUGGAGGGUAUAUCAGCGGUAACUAUGCACUAGCUCACCCUGAUAGAUUGGAUAAAGUUGUCUUACUUUCUUCUGCAGGUGUAACAAAAUAAACCGAUGAAGAUAUUAGAAGACACAUGGAAACAAGCCCUCUGCACUACAAGCUUUGGUUUAAAGUUUUUGACUACAUUUGGACUAAUUAAUUAACCUUUAACAAAUUGUACUCAGAAACAAAAAUUUUACCAGCAGAACUUAUCAUGAGGUAGUAUAUGAAGAUGUUGAAACUACCUUCAGAAGAGUAUGAAUCUUGGUCUUAAUACAUGGACAAAAUGCUCAAGCUACCUGAAAGUGGAGAGAAAGCAGUCUUUAACAUGCUUUAGUUCCCUCGUUGCAAUGCUUUUUUACCUUUAGAAUAGCUAUUCCCAGGAAGACUAAAAGUGCCUGUUCAUUUCUGCUAUGGAGGCUAGCUUGAUUGGAUGUGCAGUGAUGGAGCUAAAAAGCUAAUUCAAAAUAAACAGGUAGAAGGUACUUAUACUCAAUUCGAUCACUUUGAUCAUUAAUUUACCUUCUUUAAUCCAUAAGAAACAGCUUAGUAUAUAUUAAAUCUUUGA